CGUGGCGUCACGGCCGCGGCGAUGACGUGAGGUCGCGCGCGCGGCGGGGCUCGGCAUGAGGACUUUAUGGAGAUUGGGAUACUCUGCCAGACUACUGAAAACUAAUAAUUUUAGGACAGCUGCAGCAAAUACAUCAUUUCCAGCAGUUUGGACACUGCUGGCUCAAUAUUCUGGCAUAAUACCUGGGCUCUUCGUAGUAGUUAGAAAAUACAGAUUUUUUACAAUGCCUGACACUGUGGAGGAUAAAGCUGACCUCAAACUGUAUUCACCGCAUCCUGGAGUGCGUGGGAUGACACAACUCAACAGAGAAGCUUUUAAAAGGACAAUUGUUGUUCCAGUUCUGAAAGUCAAGACAGAAAUUGUAUAUACUUUGUUGAAGUCUCUAAAACACGUGAUACUCCAGCGUCCUGGUCUAAAGCGAGUGGUUGAGGAUCCAGGAGAUGAGAACAGUAGAUUUCUCAUUCUGGAUCCUCAUAAAAUACCAGAAUUCUCAUUGGGAGAAUCAGAGCAAGAGGUAUUAAACCAGCUUAAUGUUCAUCCUGAGGUGUCCAAGUAUAACUUGGAGCUGACUUAUGAGAAUUUCAAGUCAGAGGAGAUACUUAGAGCAGUCCUUCCUGAAGGUCAAGAAGUCACCUCUGGGUUUAGCCGUGUUGGUCACAUAGCUCAUUUGAAUCUUAGAGACCAUCAGCUUCCAUACAGACAUUUGAUUGGCCAAGUUAUAAUUGACAAGAACCCAGGCAUCACCUGUGUAGUAAAUAAAACCAAUAUUAUUGACAGCACAUACAGAAAUUUUCAAAUGGAAGUGCUUGCUGGAGAGAGCAACCUGGUAACCAAGGUCAAGGAAAAUAAUAUAGCAUAUGAAUUGGAUUUCUCUAAAGUCUACUGGAACCCACGUCUCUCCACUGAACACAGCCGUAUCGUUGAGCUUUUGAAGCCUGGUGAUGUCCUUUUUGAUGUCUUUGCUGGGAUUGGACCUUUUGCUAUUCCAGCAGCAAAGAAAAAGUGCCACGUAUUUGCAAAUGAUCUCAAUCCUGAAUCCUACAACUGGCUCCUGCACAACUGCAAACUGAACAAAGUAGAUGACAAAAUUAAAGCGUUCAAUAUGGAUGGCCGGGACUUCCUGCUGGGGCCAGUAAGAGAAGAACUAAGUAAAAAGCUCCCACUUCAGAAAGAAGAAGAAAAAACCUCUUUUCACAUAGUUAUGAAUUUGCCAGCUUUGGCUAUUGAAUUUUUGGAUGCUUUCCGGCAUCUCUUGGUCAGAGAACCAUGUGGCACUGCUGGCCUUCCCAUGGUGCACUGCUAUGGUUUCUCCAAGCACGAGAACCCAGCCAAAGACAUCCAAGAGCGAGCUGAAGCUUCUCUAGGAACCUCCUUGGAUGGGUGCUGUUCAACUUACCUGGUUAGAAAUGUUGCACCCAACAAGGAGAUGCUGUGCAUUAGCUUCCAGAUCCCAGCAGAUGUGCUGUACAAGAGGCCCUGCCCUGACGAAGCAAAACAAGCCUCCAAACGUCUGUGUACCAGGAGUGAGUUUUCUGAAGAGAAGUUUCUGAGCUGAGGACUCGAGUUACAGUAACAACCUCAGUAGUUUAAGAGGUACACUCUGGUUUACUCCUUGAGUUAUUUGAAGCAUACUGCCUGUGUUGCUCAUCUCUGGUGCCAAGGUGCAGAAUACAUGUUGCAACUUUCAUCUGUCAGCCUCACUUCCUGCAGUUACCUUUUCUUGGUUUUCACUGUGGGAUAGGUGAGCAGAUUGAAACUGUUGUUACUACAAAAAAUUAAAACUUUGCUUUUAUGU